ACCAAUUCGUUUUCUUUUGAAUUGAUGCAUGUCAUGAUCAAAUCCAUCAAUUGAUAUCUACAGAAGACCAAUUUUUCGAUUACUAAAAUUAGAAAAGUAUAUAAGUGUUGCGAUAAUUACUUUUGAAUGGGUGAAGUUUUCUAUCUAUUAAUAAUAAGUUCAUCCGGUCCUAUCAUUUCACAUUGCGUUCAAAUAAUAGGGCCUAAUGAACUUAUUACUAAUAGAUAGAAACUUUUCAACCUAAAAAAUAUUUAUCGUAUAACUCAUAUAUUUUUCUCUCCGUGGGAAUUGAAAAAUUGACCGUGUUUAGGUAUUAAUUAGCAGGUUUGACCAUGACAUUCAUCAAUUAGUACACUUAGAAAGUUUGGCGGCACAUAAUUUCUGAAAAAGUUGUACGGUUGGUUGCAUUUGCUCUCAGGAGCAAUAUUGCAGAACUUCAAACAUCAAAAAAGCUAAAAAUUACAAAAGAAUCUUACAACUUGAUGAUAUUAUAUACCAUUCUAUGUAUCAUUAGUUGCUCUAUAAAACAGUAAGGUUAGCUUUUCAUAUGAAAGAUGUUUAUCUUAUCUGACAGUGCGUUUAAAAAAAUUUUGUUUUAGGUACGUCUUAAAGAUCAUCGUGAUGAAGAAUAUAAACAUGUCGCGCCUAAAUUUAAACCUUUUGGUGGUUCUGGUAAUACUGUAGGUAUUUCCAAUGCUGAACAAACUCCAUUUAAAUCAUCUAUGGUUUCAUCUGGUAAUACAACGUUAGAUUCUUCAGAUGAAAAAAGUCUUGAGAUACUUGCUGAAAAACGCUUAAAAAGUUCAUCGUCAUCAACAACAAUUCGUCUUCGAUUACCGGAUAUGUCAAAGCCAAUAUGUAUUAAAAUUGAUCUCAAUCGAACAUUGGAUGAUAUACGAAAAUUUCUUACUGAAAAUGUUCAAUCACUUCGAUCUAAUGCAUUCGAAUUUAUGGAACCACCAUCAACAAAAAUAAAACGUGAAGAUGAAAGAAGAAAAAUAAGUGAUACAAAAUUAUCAAACUCCGCACUUGUCGUCCGACGAAUUACUUAA